AUGGAAAAAUGUCACUGCCCAGCUGGUUUAACAGCUGGUGACAGAAUCCAGACUUUUGCUCACAUCCUGUAUCGCAACCUGAGGCAGCUGGGAGGGUGUGUGGGCAGUGCCAGGGGGUCUCACCGUGCUGCCCGUGCCCAGAUCAGCCUGGCCAGCCUGCGGCUCUUCGAGGAGCUGCUGAGGAAGCCCCAGGAGCACGUGGCUCACAACCUGGUGCUGCGGAACCUGGAGGCCAGGGCGUACCUGCAGCGCGGCCCCGAGGAGCGCGGGCCCCCCGAGACCGACCCCGAGGAGGACGGGCUGGAGCUGGAGGAGGAUCCCUAUUUCACCGACGGAUUCCCAGACAGCUUUGGGAGCGCAAAAAAUCCUUCCCCGGCGGGGAAGGGGCAAGUGAGCGAGGUGGUCAGCAGCUUCCUCUGCCUGGUCCCCGAGGAGGCCAAAACCUCCUCGUGCAUGGAGGAGGGCGGCUACGACACCUACGUGCACGAUGCCCUGGGAAUGGUCCAGGCGUGCAGGGCCAGCUCAGCCUCGUGGGGGUGGCCCUCGUCCCCCCGGCCCCUGGACUCGUGUCACCCCGGAGUGGCGUUUUACGAGGGACAUUUCCUCAAGGUGCUGUUUGACAGGAUGAGCCGGAUUUUGGAUCAGCCCUACAGCCUGAACCUGCAGGUGACCUCGGUGCUGUCCCACCUGGCCGUUCCCCACCCCCACCUCCACGAGUACCUGCUGGACCCCUACCUCAACCUGGCCCCCGGCUGCCGCUCGCUCUUCUCCGUCCUCGUCAGGGUGAUCGGGGACCUGAUGCAGCGGCUCCAGCGCGUGCCCCACGCCAGGGCCAAGCUGCUCCUGGUGCGCCGGCAGCUCCUGGGGCUGGUGCCGGGAGAGCAGAUGGAUCACACGGUGCUGUUCAAGGGCGUGGUGGUGCUGGAGGAGUUCUGCAAGGAGCUGGCCGCCAUCGCCCUGGUCAAGGGGCCACCCGAGGGGCCACCCUGAGCCCCCCCACCUUCAGCCACUGGAGAUGGCCCAGCCCGCGUUCUGGUGGCCCUGCAGUAGCCAGGAGCGGCCGUGGCACCGCGGGAAGGACCUGGCAGGAGGAUGAGGAGGCGCCGAGUCCUUCCUUGUCACCCGGGCCAGCCCCGAGGUGACGCCACUCCCCGUGCUGGGUGUGGGGCUGUGCGUGCUGCGGCUGCUCCUGGGUGGUGGUUCCUGCUCCCCCCGCGCUCCCGGAGCUGCCCCGAGCCCCCCAAGGCUCCUGCAGGGAAUUUUUAGGCAAUAAUGGGGUGUGUGGGGCAGAGCCCCCCUCUCCCCUCAGCUGCAAGGACUCUGUUGUCCCCUGCCCUGGCGCUGUGGCAGGGGGUGUGACAUGUGUGACAUGUGUGUGUGACAUGUGUGUGUGACACGUGUCUGUGUGUGUGUGUGUCUGUGUGAGCUGCUGGGGGACUGUCUCUUCCCAGGGUGAUGGGACUCUGCUCCAAUAAAGCUGUGACUCAGCA